AUGGACCCAUACGUGAUUCAGUUGCACGACCAUGGCAACCUCCCCUCAGUGCUGGAUGUGCAUGUCAACAUCCCUGGGAGAAGCUCUGUGCCGGGAAAAAUGAAAGGCAGGAAGGCCAGAUGGUCCGUGAAGCCCUCGGACAUGUCCAACAAAACUUUCAAUCCCAUCCGGGCCAUUGUGGACAGCAUGAAGGUGAAGCCGAAUCCAAACAAGACCAUGAUUGCUCUGUCAAUUGGGGACCCUACUGUGUUUGGAAACCUGCCUACAGAUCCUGAAGUUACCCAAGCAAUAAAAGAUGCCCUUGACUCGGGGAAGUAUAACGGCUAUGCCCCCUCCACUGGCUACUUAUCGAGUCGUGAGGAGGUUGCUUCUUAUUACCACUGUCCCGAGGCACCCCUGGAAGCUAAGGAUGUCAUUCUAACAAGUGGCUGCAGUCAGGCUAUUGAACUUUGUUUAGCUGUGCUGGCCAACCCAGGGCAAAACAUCCUAGUUCCCAGACCUGGCUUCUCUCUCUACAGGACUCUGGCGGAAUCUAUGGGAAUCGAGGUCAAACCCUACAAUUUAUUGCCAGAGAAGUUUUGGGAAAUUGACCUGAAACAACUGGAAUCUCUGAUUGAUGAAAAGACAGCUUGUCUCGUUGUCAAUAAUCCAUCAAACCCUUGUGGGUCAGUGUUCAGUAGAAGUCAUCUCCAGAAAAUUUUGGCAGUGGCUGCAAGGCAGUGUGUCCCCAUCUUAGCUGAUGAGAUCUAUGGAGACAUGGUGUUUUCAGAUUCCAAAUUUGAACCUCUAGCCACCCUCAGCAGCAACGUCCCCAUCCUGUCCUGUGGAGGGCUGGCCAAGCGCUGGCUGGUUCCCGGCUGGAGGAUGGGCUGGAUUCUCAUCCAUGACCGAAGAGAUAUUUUUGGCAAUGAGAUCCGAGAUGGGCUGGUGAAGCUGAGCCAGCGGAUCCUGGGACCCUGCACCCUUGUCCAGGGAGCUCUGAAAAGCAUCCUGCAUCGCACCCCUCAAGAGUUCUACCACAACACUCUAAGCUUCCUCAAGUCCAAUGCGGAUCUCUGCUAUGGGGCAUUGGCUGCCAUCCCUGGACUCCGGCCCAUCCGCCCUUCUGGGGCCAUGUACCUCAUGGUUGGAAUUGAGAUGGAACAUUUCCCAGAAUUUGAGAAUGAUGUGGAAUUCACUGAGCAGUUAGUUGCUGAGCAAUCCGUCCACUGCCUCCCGGCAACAUGCUUCGAGUACCCAAAUUUCUUCCGAGUGGUAAUCACAAUCCCUGAAGUGAUGAUGCUGGAGGCCUGUAGCCGGAUCCAGGAGUUCUGUGACCAGCACUACCAUUGUGCUGAAGGGAGCCCGGAGGAAUGUGACAAAUAG